AGCUAGCGUUAUGUGAUUAUCAAAGAGUAUAAGACUAUAUACUCUGCCACUGAAAAUAGAUGUACAAUAUUUGUGCAAUAUAAAAGCAUGGUAUAUUAACCAAAACACAAUUAAUAUCAAAACAUAUGGUCAAACAAGUUCUUGAUAAAUAGAACACUACAAGAGGAAAGAAACUUGUUAGCAAAUUAGUUACAUUAUUCGAUACUUGCCAUUUGAUAAACUAAGAACCUGUAAGACUACCGCUCUCGCAAUGUUGAGUAUACGAAGGAUGUUAUUUACCACAAAAAUGCCCAGCUGCCUCAAUACAAAUAUUCAUUAUAUUCGUAAUGCGAAAAAUGUUUCCUUUCAUGGCCGAACAACUGGAAACUAUUUAAGCUUCAAUCCCAGAUGUUUACACAAAUCUAGUCUGGUUAAUCAAAAUCGUGAAGAACAUUUGCCCCCCAAAAAACCACCAAAGAAAUUGACCACACAAUUUACACAGGCAAUAUCUCCAUAUGUUCGUCUUAUGCGCAUGGAUCGCCCCAUUGGUACCUAUCUACUAUUUUGGCCUUGUGGUUGGAGUAUAGCGUUGAGUGCCAAUGCUGGUUGUUGGCCUGACUUUCAUAUGCUGGCAUUAUUCGCCACCGGUGCUCUUAUAAUGCGUGGGGCUGGCUGCACCAUCAAUGAUAUGUGGGAUCGUGAUAUAGACAAAAAAGUGGAAAGAACCCGCAGCAGGCCAUUGGCGAGUGGUGAAAUUUCUCAACUAGAUGCCAUUGUCUUUCUAUCGGCUCAACUAAGUUUGGGCCUACUCGUUUUAGUGCAAUUAAAUUUGGAAUCCAUAAUGUUGGGUGCAUGUUCCUUGGGCCUGGUGGUAACGUAUCCCCUAAUGAAACGUAUUACCUAUUGGCCCCAAAUGGUUUUGGGUAUGGCUUUUAAUUGGGGAGCUCUAUUGGGGUGGUGUGCCACCAAAGGUGCUGUUGAUUGGUCUGCCUGUUUACCCCUUUACCUCUCGGGCAUAUGCUGGACCAUAGUGUAUGAUACUAUAUAUGCACAUCAGGACAAAAAAGAUGAUGUACAAAUUGGUGUAAAAUCAACAGCUUUAAGAUUUGGUGAAAAUACAAAAGUAUGGCUGUCAGGAUUUACAGCGGCCAUGUUAGCAGGUCUAACAGCGGCAGGUGUGGCAUGUGAUCAGACACUACCUUACUAUGCUUCAGUGGGCAUAGUUGGCGGUCAUCUAAUACAACAGAUCUACUCCCUGAACAUUGAUAACGCUUCGGAUUGUGCUAAGAAAUUCUUUUCCAAUAGUCAAGUGGGCCUAAUACUCUUCCUGGGUAUUGUCCUGGGCACUCUGCUAAAAUCUGAGGAAAAACCCAAAGAGUCGAAAACUAGUAUUUCUGCCAGCAGUAGUAGUACCACAUCGCCUAUUAAAGGUUUUGUCUCCCCACCCUCAUUACAAUCCACAUAGUGUAGGUUUAGGGAUUAGAAUUAAGUUAUUCAUAGGACUACCUUUUUUUAUUUUUCACCAAAGCAUAUAAAACAAAGUUUGCAACAUUUUUAUUUUUUAGAUUUUUUUCUCUUCUAACCACAUGAAUUAUUUGUAUUAGUUUUUGUUUAUUUGCGUUUAAAAUAUUCAAUUAAAAUUGAAAUAAAUGAUGCGAAAAUGGUAUAUUUAUUAUAACAAUAUA